AAUAGAGAACCAGGGUGAUCCUCGGCCUCCCCGCCACCACUCAAACACCUCGAGUCUCCUCUUACAUUAUCUCCUCUAUCUCAUCUAUAGUCUAUAACAAACAUGUCUAUUACUGAGUUAAAGCCAAGACUCACCACUGAUAUGAAGGUGUCGCGGCAUGAAGAUCGUAAAUGUUUGGGGGUCCUGAAUGCCAACAGACAGUCACGCCUCAUGUUCACCUCACAGGGAAAUCUGAAGCUCCAGCCAUCAUCUAGAGGCAAGAAAAGGAAGAGUGAUGAGAACUGUGGUCCAGCAAAGUUAAAGCGUAAGGAUGGAAUUUAUGAAGAUCCAGAGUCUCUUGUCAAGAAACAGAAGACUUUUGUGUCAGUUUGUGUUCAGACAGACCAAGUGCUUGACCCCACCACCAAUGUAUCACAAGCAUCUGACAAAUCCAAGGAAGCAUCACCUACAGGAGUUGACAAAACCAUUAACAUGCUAACCAGUGAUACUGCACCACCCGAGUACUGGGAGGCUCUGGCAGAGAAGAGACGUGCGGCCCUGGAGGAAAGCUUGAUCGAGAACCAGAGUCUUCAUGAGGAAAAUAAAACUCUGAAGCAUGAGGUUCAACAAUUAAAACAAGAAAAUAGAUUAUUAGAGGAGGUGGCUGGUGAAGCUAAACACCUGGCACUGUUAGUAGAGUCUCUGACAGAUGAACAAGAAUCGGACACCAAUACAGAUGAGGUGGCAGUCUGAUGUACAGUACGUCUGGAUGAAGAAAGUGCAGGAGAUAAAACAAUUAGAAAUUACUGGAUUGUUUAGUUACAUUCUUUUAUAGUACAAAUUAUCAGUUUCUCCUCACUCCCCACUUUCUCAUGCAAGUUCUGUGUUCAAUCACUGUUAGCCGUGAUAGGUGGUACAGUAAUACCGGACUAAUUCUUGUAAGCCCUGUCCAAUACUGGGAGGAUUCUGUUAAUGAGAAUACAGUAUCCAGGAUUGAGAAGUCUGUUAUUGAGAGGGUUUACUGUAACCAAUACCUUAUUGAGAGGGUUUACUGUAUACAUUAUUUUACAUGUACUGUACUGAGAAGGUUUACUGUCUAGUCUUAUUCAGUGCUGACUUUGUGUGUGUCAUGCCAAAGGGGAGAUCAUUGUGAUGUAUGUUUCAUUUAUUUUAGCACCAUGUGUUAGGUAGGUAGCUAGUUAUUGAUAGAGUGUCUGAUGACAUUUAUGUUUUAUCUUUGUACUUUGGAUUGAAAACAUCCUCUCCAAAAUUAUUUUAUUAUUUUGAUGAAUAUUUUUGUAUACAGCACUGUACAGUAUUCUUUACAAAGACGGUGAACUUCUGAUGAAAUAAACUGUUUACUGAAAUUUUUACUGUUUCCCAUUCUAUGUUUAUACUUCUGUACCAGGUACUGAUUUUUAUUGAGAAAUUCUCAACAGUUCUAAUUCAUUAAUCAGUUUCAUGUGUAUCUUAUUAAUACAUCUACAAUAUUUAA